UUCUCAUAUCCAUUCUCCCAAAAUCAAUUGCUCUCAUCAAAAUUCCCCGUCUUCUCAGCUCUCCAGAAGUUCUCCCUCAAGAUGCAGAUAUUUGUCAAGACUCUAACCGGAAAAACUAUAACUCUCGAGGUCGAGAGUUCCGAUACAAUCGACAAUGUCAAGGCUAAAAUCCAAGACAAGGAAGGGAUUCCCCCUGACCAGCAAAGGCUAAUCUUCGCUGGCAAACAACUCGAAGAUGGCAGAACCCUUGCAGAUUACAACAUCCAAAAGGAGUCUACCCUCCACCUUGUCCUCCGCCUUCGUGGUGGCAUGCAAAUUUUCGUCAAAACUCUCACCGGUAAAACCAUCACUCUUGAGGUUGAGAGCUCAGACACAAUCGACAAUGUAAAGGCAAAGAUCCAAGAUAAGGAAGGCAUCCCCCCUGACCAGCAGAGAUUGAUUUUUGCUGGUAAGCAACUUGAAGAUGGCAGAACCCUUGCAGAUUACAAUAUCCAGAAGGAGUCCACCCUUCACCUUGUCCUCCGUCUUCGUGGUGGCAUGCAAAUCUUUGUGAAAACCCUCACCGGAAAGACAAUUACCCUUGAAGUCGAAAGCUCAGACACCAUUGACAAUGUCAAGGCAAAAAUUCAAGAUAAGGAGGGAAUUCCUCCAGACCAGCAGAGAUUGAUAUUUGCUGGGAAGCAACUGGAAGAUGGCAGAACCCUUGCAGAUUACAAUAUCCAGAAGGAAUCUACCCUUCAUCUCGUGCUGCGUUUGAGGGGGGGCAUGCAGAUUUUCGUCAAGACUUUGACCGGAAAAACCAUUACAUUGGAGGUUGAAAGUUCAGACACCAUUGAUAACGUCAAGGCGAAAAUUCAAGACAAGGAGGGAAUUCCUCCAGACCAGCAGAGAUUGAUAUUUGCAGGCAAACAACUCGAAGAUGGGAGGACCUUGGCAGAUUACAAUAUCCAGAAGGAGUCGACCCUUCAUCUUGUUUUGCGUUUGAGGGGAGGCAUGCAGAUUUUCGUCAAGACUUUGACCGGAAAAACCAUUACAUUGGAGGUUGAAAGCUCAGACACCAUCGAUAACGUGAAGGCAAAAAUUCAAGACAAGGAGGGAAUUCCUCCAGACCAGCAGAGAUUGAUCUUCGCAGGCAAACAACUCGAAGAUGGGAGGACCUUGGCAGAUUACAAUAUCCAGAAGGAGUCGACCCUUCAUCUUGUUUUGCGUUUGAGGGGGGGCAUGCAGAUUUUUGUCAAGACUUUGACCGGAAAAACCAUUACACUGGAGGUUGAAAGUUCAGACACGAUCGACAAUGUGAAGGCGAAAAUUCAAGACAAGGAAGGUAUUCCUCCAGACCAGCAACGUUUGAUCUUUGCAGGUAAGCAGCUCGAAGAUGGGAGGACACUUGCAGAUUAUAAUAUCCAAAAGGAGUCGACGCUUCAUCUGGUUUUGCGGUUGAGAGGCGGGAUGCAAAUCUUUGUCAAGACUUUGACUGGGAAGACUAUCACUUUGGAGGUGGAAAGUUCUGAUACGAUUGACAAUGUCAAGGCGAAAAUCCAGGAUAAAGAAGGGAUCCCACCUGAUCAACAGAGGCUUAUCUUUGCAGGCAAGCAGCUAGAAGAUGGUCGUACACUUGCGGAUUAUAAUAUCCAGAAGGAAUCCACCCUUCACCUUGUGCUUCGUCUUCGUGGUGGUUAUUUCUGAGGAUGUUUUCUGUGGCAAGAAUGUGUGAUUCUGUUUAAUAUAACUGCUUUUUUUGCUUUCAAAACUUUUCUGGGUUUGGAUUUCAUGUGUUGGUGUUUUGAUUGUGUUGCGUUUUGCUUCUGUACUGUUUGGAUGUAUGGAUUAUGAAUAAAGUUGUGGUAAGCUCCGGAUUAUGUGCUUUGUUAAUAGUAUUUGGUUUAUCUAGUCAC